AACGGGUACGGUUGAUUUGUCACUCGAUCGUUUCGAUCAGCUUUGAGGCAGAGACAGUGCGCGUUUCGCGGUCAUGUCGAUCGUUACGCAGCCGUGAUUCUCGAUCGAUUAGUGAGGUGAAUUAGAAACACGUGUGGACAGGCAUCGUAAAUAUAAUUUAUAUCAUGACAACGACGUGAUCGUGUCAAAGUUUGCUGUGCCCAGUGAUGUGCAAAUUCCAUCGUUAUCAAAUUAAUAGAAGAAAUAGUUGGGGUUUUCCUUAUUCGCGCUGCUACAUUCAGCGAUGAUGACAAGCGUAACUCAGAAAAGGACGGGACGGGACGAAUUGAUUCGCGAUGCAACAGUUUCUCGCGUGGUCGCCGAAACAUCGGAGACACGUGUGAAAGGACACGCUGCGCAUGCGCGAACGCAAUAUAUGCAAUGAUCGAAUCGAAAUUCCGUUGGAUUGCUGAAUAGUUGAUUUUUGAGAGGCGGUUGUUCGAACGAAAAGAUCGGCAGGAAACGACGAAAGAAUGAGCCUGUCGCCGGUUGCCAACAGAAGUUUCCUCCACGGGGAUCGUAAACAGUAUUCGACCUCUGAUAAGAUCGUUUACGCGACACUCGACAGCCUCGCUUUGAAAAGGGCACGGUUGCCUCUACAGUUGUUGCCUAUCGAUGGAAACAAAGUGGUUAUUGAGAAUGCUGGCAAAUCAAAGAAGAAAAAGAAGAAGAGCGUUUGCGACGAUGCGACCGCGAGAUCCAAGUCGAAGGUCGACGGGACGGCUGUUCUACCCGGCCAGCACGUUGGAGACUUGUUGGGAUCCACGACGCCUAACCAGGACGAAAUGCAGUCGAGGACUGUCGAAGAGGUAUCGAGCUCCGUCGUCGAACAUGUUGGAAGAAAUCCCACUCCUCCACAGCAAGUCGAUACCGAUAACAGCGCAGAUAAUACCGCGAUAAAAGUUGCAGAUUAUGAUCCAAUUGAUCAAUACUCGAACAACUCAUCCAACGAUGAAAACGCGCCGCUCUUCGACUUUGAACAUCUGAACGACCGAGCAGAAUCGGUAUCAUCGUCCGACGACUACGAGAAAAUAGAGUUGGCGCCUAGAGUCGAGGAAGUGUCCUCUAACAUCCACACGGAAUCGAAAGAAAAGUCUUCGUACGCGGAUGGCGUGUUUCUAAAGUCCAAGUCCGCCAUCGACCUGACCAGGAACAGUUGUUUGGACGCUGGGUUGGGUCUGGAGGAAACAUUGGUCGAGGAAAAGUCGAUAUCGGAGUCGCCAGCUGCCAACGACGACUGCAAUCUCGGCAAGAAGAAGAAACACUUUGCCAAAAAUGUGCUGCAUUUCGUGCCUGAGUACCUCGUGAGGGGGCCGAGGGCCACGAAGAAGAAGAAGAAGAGCAAUCUCAGCGUGUCGCUGACUUCCCUGAAACCGAGAUCUGUAGACGCGAAAAGCGAAAUGAGUUACGAGUCCAGGUACAAGUCGAAGAGUUUGUCCAAGGACAAGUUGAAGGAUCUGAAAAUCUCCACGCCGACGAACUUCGUUCAUGUGGCGUCUGCUACCAAUCCGCGCCUGGUCCUCAACCAGUACGUGGUGGGAUUCGGGUUGGAGCAAGUUGUAAUUAAACACGCGGAAAAGUGUGCCACGUUGCCUCUUCUCAUCGGAAAGAACGAGGAUACCACCGAAAGUCUGGGGGGGCAACGAUCGAUCGUAGCCGAGAAAAUGCCCUUUCAUGGCUCGUCGACUCAUGGUAAAUGCAGCACUGGGCUGGACGAAGCGAACCUGAGACAAGAAUUCCUUCGCGAGCUGCGUGAAAGAUCGGCAAAAACAUUGGAGUUCAGCCAGCAGGUGAAAACGAGCGAAAAUCGAGCUGGCGCGCGCCAAAGGAAAAGAUACGAGCCGCAAUGCGAGCCGACUUCGCGAUCGCCGCGUGCCAAUUCGAGUUUUCUAUGGAGCAGCCAAACGAAGAACCUUUUACAGAAUUCAAGACUCGAGGCCCCACUAUCCGCGACGUUCGAGGACGUCGAUGGACAGGACUACGACGACGUUGGACCGUUGACGUUUUCCAAUCAGGAGGACUAUUACGAUGACGUGGGUUCACCUACGGCACUUCUCAACGGAGAUCACACCGACGACCUAGCAUCCAAAGAUUCCGAGUGCAUUUACGAUGAUGUUAUGGCUCUGACCAGCGCGACAUACGGUUCAGACAGUCGUUUUAAAGAGAGCGAUUGCUCGAACCUCGUUGAUAACGAGUCGAGUAUCAAGAACGUAUUGGGAAACGUUAACUGUGGUGACGACGAAUCAACCCAAGAAGAUUACGAUCAUUAUCUGUUCGUUACCAACGAUUAUUCCAGCGUGGAUGACGAGGAGACGAAUGAAAUGCAGGAUGACGAACAGGGUGUAUACGAUGACGUCGGUUUACCGAGCGAAGAAAAAGUCAACAGUCUCUACGCAGGCUCCACGACUGGUUCUAUCGUAGGCAAGGAAUCCGAGUGGGAGGACCUGGAGGAUCCGACGAUAGGUCGUUCCUGUCUCGCGAGGAAGAACGAUUUAUCUGGGAAAAGCACGGAGACACAGGUCGUUUCCAGCAAGAAGAAGGCUGGUCAAAGAUGGUCACGGAAUGUGAGGCGGCAACGUUCCAUGGCGUCCAGGAAAAGUCGGAAAUCUGUAACCAAACCGAUCCGCGAUUCUGCGUACUGCGACAACGCAUCCGACGGCACCACCUACGAGAGUCUGCAUUCCUUCGAAUCGGAUGAGUUCGAUUCCGACGUGGAGUCCGAUACGGAAUCGGAGACGAUCGACGUCAGGGUUCAAAGAUCCACGAGCAUCGGUGACGGCAAGGUUCCUAUCGAAACGGCCAACGUUUGCCUCAUGGAGGCGCCCACGAAACCCAAUCCUCCUCCACCACGCGAAGCUAGUCUAACUCAAACGUUGGGUAGGAGGAUGAAAAUGCUUCGAAGGACGUGGAGCAUCACCAAGGGAAGUCUCAGUCGCAUGCGGAGAAGAACGUCCGUCGACGACGACCAUUCCUGCGAGGACAUCAAGGAACCCUGCAACGAUCACCCAACCAUCGAUGGUGGAAGGUACUUUGGCUUCACCAGGCACUUUAAGAAAAGCGUUUCUGGCUUCUCGACGUUCUAUUUGAACGGUUACACAGCGAACAGCAGUAACGAAUCGACCAGGGCCAACGAUCAUCGCUCAAACAAGGAUCCAAUAUAUAGCAACAGAAAAUUGGAUCACUACAGCGUGCUAGCCGAUCAAGAACCUCUGUAUCAGUUUUAUGCGGCGGCGGCUGCCAGGGUGGCGUCUGACUCCAAUUCGGAUAGCUACGGGGAGGUCGAGGACACGAUGCCGUCGCGGUCGACAACGGAUUUUGCCAAAUUUGGGCACAGAACGUUGUGGUGCCAGACUCCGCAGGUCAUGAGCAGUGGUCUUUUACAACGUUUGAGCCCAGAGGAGAGGAAGAUACAGGAAGCAAAAUUUGAAAUUUUGACCUCGGAAGCCUCGUAUUUGAAUUCUCUUCGCGUUCUGGAGAACGAGUUUCUAGGCGAGUUUUCGACGAACGAAACGUUGACUUCCGUUGAGAAAGAGAAGCUAUUCGGUGGAAUUCCUGGGGUGCUACAGGCAUCGGAACAAUUUCUGACCGAACUCGAGACUUUGUGGAGGCAGGAUCCGAUGUUGCACGGUCUGCCUGACUUGUUGCUCAACUAUGCUGAUAAAUUCUUGGAUAUUUACGUGCCGUAUUGCUCGAAUCAAGUCAGCAUAGACACAACUCUCAAAGAUUUAAGAUCGCGAAAGGGAGUGAAAUUUUUAGAAAUGGUUACGCAAAUAGAAUCACGACCGGCUUGCCAAAGUUUGUCUUUGCAUUCUUUUCUAAUGUUGCCGAUGCAGCGAAUAACGAGGCUUCCAUUACUGGCCGAUGCAGUCGUUUCAAGAUUACCUAUCGAACACGCAGACAGACGCCAUUGGGAGACGGUGCUGUCGAGUUUAAGUAACGUCGUCGCGGAAUGUAACGAAGGUGCACGUGCUGCUGCACAGGAGGUGGAAAUGGAGUGUUUAGCCAGGAAAUUGGAGUAUUCUGUAAAAGUUACACCUAUCCCAUUAAAGGGGAAACAUCUAGUAAAAAGUGGACCGGUUGUACAGUUAUUAACAAAGGCUGACACAGAGUACAAGCUCACGUUCGGGAGGAAGUUCAACAAAACACCACUGUAUCUUUUACUAUUGACGGAUUACCUUCUAGUCGCAAAAUAUAAGUCUAAUACUCACAACGAAACGUAUACCGUGAUAGAUGCUUGUAAAAGGAGCCUGAUCGCUUUAGAAUCAGUUCCCGAAGAUUCGCCGUUCGCUGGACGUAACGCAAUGCUAUUGACUCUAUUAGAAAAUUAUUGUGGUCGCCAGAUUGAAUAUAUUUUAACCUGCGAAAGCAACACUGAAAGACAGAGGUGGCUGGAAGCUGUUUCACCUUCGAAAGAAGGUUUAGUUGGCGAGACUCUUUACGAGGUGUGGGACUGCCCUCAAGUAGUGGCUCUGUACUGUUAUUCUCCGACGCAACCAGACGAAUUAACUUUGCAUCCAGGAGAUGUCAUAAACGUUCUUCGCAAAAUGUCGGACGGUUGGUUCCAUGGUGAAAAAUUGCUGGACGGUGAACAAGGCUGGUUCCCUGGAAAUUACACGAAAGAAGUCGCCUCGGAGCAUGUUCGUGCAAGAAAUCUUAAACAAAGGCACCGGCUCCUCGCGUUAAGCGGGAGUGCGUUGCAACGAAAAGCAAAACAAUCUGCCAUUUAUUAAGCGAUUAAAUUAUGACUCACCAAUUUAAAUAAUAUAAUUUUGAAUAAAACUUUUAGCGAUACUUUUGUUGAAGAAUUCCCUAACUACUUUUGUUCUUAAUUACAGGCCUUUACGGUAGCGUAGUAUCGUUGUCGCUUGGAUUGGAUACAUUCAUAAACAUCCGUAACAAAAGUAUGCUAUUAUUUAUUAUAGUAUAAGUACAAGUAUAAGUACAAUAUAAACUUUUCUAAUCAAUUCAUCGAUCCAUAAAUAUAAUUCGCAUGUCUGUAUUAGUAUGCUGACAGUUAAAAAAAUGAAUGACAAUAAUGUUUCUAAAUGAUAAGAGGAAUGUUUCAUGCAUAUAAAUAUGAAACCCAGUACAGUCUUAUGCUAAUGCUUUUAGUUUUUUGUGAAGAUGAAGUAUUAUGUUAUUAUCAAGAAUACGGUAAACUUUUAGCUAAGGAAAAUACAUAACAUUCUGAAAGUAAGGAAUUCUACGUUUUCAGGUUGGAAGUCCCGUAAGUUUGACAUUAUCACAAUAAACGUAGCGAAUACCUUUA